AAAUCCCAACUGACCCUUAUCACCUGUCCCACUCACACUACAGGUGCUUUGAGGAGCAGAGGCCUCUUGCAAACGGACAGGAAACAACCCAGCAAAAUGGUUAAAGUCGGUGUUAACGGAUUCGGCCGCAUCGGUCGUCUGGUCACUCGUGCCGCCUUCACCUCCAAGAAAGUGCAAAUCGUUGCCAUCAACGACCCCUUCAUCGACCUGGAGUACAUGGUGUACAUGUUCAAGUAUGACUCGACUCACGGCCGUUUCCAUGGGGAAGUGAAGGCAGAAGGAGGGAAGCUGGUUAUUGAUGGCCAUGCCAUCACUGUCUUUAGCGAGAGGGACCCCGCCAACAUCAAGUGGGGUGAGGCAGGAGCCGACUACGUUGUGGAGUCCACCGGAGUCUUCACCACCAUCGACAAGGCCUCUGCUCACCUGAAGGGCGGCGCCAAGAGGGUGGUCAUCUCGGCCCCCAGCGCUGACGCCCCCAUGUUCGUCAUGGGAGUCAACCACGACAAGUACAACAACUCCCUCAAGGUUGUCAGCAAUGCCUCCUGCACCACCAACUGCCUGGCUCCCUUGGCCAAGGUCAUCAAUGACAACUUCACCAUCGUCGAGGGUCUCAUGAGCACUGUUCAUGCAGUCACAGCUACCCAGAAGACCGUGGACGGGCCGUCUGGUAAGCUGUGGCGUGAUGGCCGUGGUGCCGCCCAGAACAUCAUCCCUGCUGCCACGGGCGCGGCCAAGGCUGUGGGCAAGGUUAUCCCCGAGCUCAACGGCAAGCUGACUGGCAUGGCCUUCCGCGUCCCCACCCCCAACGUCUCAGUGGUUGAUCUGACUGUCCGUCUGGAGAAACCAGCCAAGUAUGACGACAUUAAGAAGGUCAUCAAGGCCGCAUCCGAAGGACCCAUGAAGGGCAUCCUGGGAUACACAGACCAGCAGGUGGUGUCAGCCGACUUCAAUGGCGAUAACAGGUCCUCCAUCUUUGAUGCCGGUGCCGGGAUUGCACUUAAUGACCACUUUGUCAAGCUCGUCUCAUGGUACGAUAAUGAGUUCGGCUACAGUAACCGCGUGGUGGACCUGAUGGCACACAUGGCUACCCAGGAGUAGCUCACUUCACAUCUUUAAAAUGACCACCCGUCUCAGUCAGCAGUGAAGCUUAUAUUGCACCUUAUGUUGCACCUACAUCCAUCCAUCCAUCCAUCCAUCCAGCCACCUCCACAGCCCUCGUCACAGCCCUACUGGGUGAAGAGCAAACAAACCCCCUGCCUGUGUGUUGGGUAAAGCGGAGGGGGAAUGGGGGUUUACAGGGACAACAGUAUCAUGUCUACAAUAUCCGCCUGGUGACCUACUUUCUGGUUUUUGUAUGGCCAUGGCCAAAGCCCUGUUGUGUUUUUGUGUCUUGAGUGUGUAGUGCCUUUGGGAGGUCUGUGGUGCUGAUGUACUACAGAUCUCAGAGAAUGAAAUAAAUAAAAGACCUGUGUGAGAA